AUGCAUUCUUCAACUCUAAUUUCAAUCAUUUUUUCCAAAUCUUUUUGCUUUCCAAGUUCAGUUCCAAAUAGCUGGAAGUUAGCUAAUAUUACACCUAUCUACAAAAAAGAUCAGAAAACUAAUCCUGAAAACUACCCAAUCUCAAUUACAUCUGUUCUAUGCAAAAUGAUGGAACAACUUGUUAGAGAUGCAAUGCUUAAACAUUUACUUUUGAAAAACCUUCUUGAAGAAAACCUAUAUAGUUUUACAUCUGGUAAGUCUUGUUUAACCAAUUUAUUGGAAUCUUUUGAUUUAAUUACCCAGGCUUUGGAAUCACGUGAUGAUGUGGUUGUAGUUUUGCUUGACUUUGCCAAAGCGUUUGAUAAAGUUAGUCACUUGUUACUUCUUAAAAAAGUUCGUGCGUAUGGUUAUGACGAAUAUAUCUGCCAGUCGGUAAAUGCACUCCUUUCCAAUCGAAAAAAACGAGUUAUUAUAGAAAAUUCAGAAUCCAACUGGUUAAGCGUCCUCAGUGGUGUACCUCAGGAGACCAAAUCUGAAUGUGAUCUUGGUGUUGUUGUUCAUAAUCGGUAUUUGUGGAACGAUCAAUCAGCAAAAGCUAUUUCAAACUCAUAUACUGUUCUUGGAAUUCUUAGACUCACUUUCAAACAAUAG